AUGCGCACAGAAUCCACCCAGGACGAUCUCCUCGGCAGCAUCCUCAACCGCAACCGCCAAUGGGCUACCCGAACGGCCGCGACCAACCCCGCCCUGUUUCCCGCCCUCGCGCAAGGCCAAUCUCCCCAGAUCCUCUGGUACGGAUGCUCCGACUCCCGCGUUCCUGAGACCACGGUUCUCGAUCUCCAGCCCGGAGAGGUCUUUGUCCACCGUAACAUCGCCAACCUCCUCCCGGCGACCGAUCUCUCCUCCCUGAGUGUCCUCCAGUACGCCGUCGAGGUCCUCCAGGUCCAGCACAUCAUCGUGUGCGGCCACUACGGCUGCGGAGGCGUCAAUGCUGCGCUCGCCAACAAGAAGCUGGGACUCAUCGACAGCUGGCUCCGGGGGGUGCGCGAGGUCCGGGCAAAGUACGAGAAGCAGCUGGUCGGCUUGACGCCUAAGCAGCAGAGCGACAAGCUGGUCGAGUUCAACGUCAUGGAGCAGGUUCGCUCAGUGCUCAAGAACGCCAACGUCCAGGAGGCCAUUGAGGAGCGCGGACUCGAGGUCCACGGCUGGGUCUACAACAUCAGCUCCGGAGAGUGCCACAUGCUCGAGUGUCCCGAGGACCCCGAUGCGCACGUCUUCACCGUCAAGGACCCCCGCAAGGAGCUUCUCGAUUAA